AUGGGUCAUUUUCAACCGGUGCUCCCACUUUUGAAAACAAAUGUCAUUAGACGACGUAGUCGUACUUGGCAAAUUCUUGGUCUUAUUGUUGUACUUUUUCUUAGUUUAACAUUCAUAGCUGUUCGAUAUUUACCAGCUGUUGUUAUUGAUCCAGUAUCAGUACUCAAAAAUCGUGAUUUUAAAGAUAUAUUUGUACCGCCUAUACCUCGUCCACCUGUAAAUUGGCCUAAUCUAGAUCAUGAUCAUUCCUUACAUUUAUCUAAUGAUCAAUCAAAAUUAAAACAACAAAUUUAUAAAAAUAAAGAACAUCUUAUAAAUCUUGAUGAUGACAACAAGGAUUCCAUUAAAAAAUCAAUACAAAAACCUAAUUUAAAUAAUAUUACAUCAUUUGAUCAUGCAUUACCUGUAGAAAAUUUAACAAAUAUAUUUAGUCAUAUGUCAAUUGAUGAACUUCAAAAAAUUCAAUCAGUACAAAUGCGUCGAGAAAAAGUUCGAGAGGUUAGUUAA